AAUGUAACACAGUCAGCAAAACAGACCACAGACGCGGCGGACUUAGCAUUUCCGCCGGGAGGUACAAGAGGAUGCCCUCCGUUGUACUUCCGCCUUCGCUUUCUUAAAAAGAAAAAAUAAUAAUAUAUAUAUAUAUAUAGCAGGCCUUGACUUACUCUUACUUCUGAACAUGAGUUUCUUGAAUGGUCGUUACCAAUUGAAAAGGAAAACAUAUAUACAAUUAGAAAUAAAAUAUCACGUAAGAAUUUGAUAAACCACAUUAAACUGUUUAAAUUAAUUCGGUAGGCUAUCGGUGUACACUCUUGUCAACUAAAACUCUUUCAUAAACUAUGCGUCAAUGGCAGAAACUCUUUUGAUCAGUCUGCUUUACAUUAAUGAAUAAAGAUUCUUACUGAAAAGCUCCAGCACCAGAAGGGGUGCAACAGUGCCACCUAGUGAUAAAUUGUGUUUAGUAUUCAUUCUAGUUAAAGGCCUACAGUGAAUAGUAAUUUAAACAGUUCUGUUAAGCUAAAAGUGGGGAGGUUUAAGUGACAAAAACAGUGACUUUAUGACUUUAUUCUGUGUAUUUCUUUCUGAGAAAUAGAAAUAAAGUAAAUAAUGUGAUCUCAUGGAUGGAUUUUCUUUUUAAUCCUUUGUUAUAUUUCUAGAUUUGAUAUUGUAUGUGGGUUGUUAGCAGUUCCAAAGACACAUUUACCCUCCAAAGCAGCCGACACAUUAAUCAUUAUGGAAGCAUGUUCUCCUGAUAAUUCCUCUCUACUAUGAUUGUACGAUUUUAAAUGGACUUUACAGUACAGUAUGAGCCCAUUUUCAAAAGCAAUUGAUUGGAAGUCAUUUUUUGCAAUUAAAUGAUAAAAUUAUUUGUCCAUUCACACCUUUUCUAUCGUAGCAUUAAGCAGUUUCCCACCGACACCCGUUUUCCCCGCUAGACCUGCCUGGUGGCUCUGGCCCCACCCUGUUCACCUCUCCCUGCUCUCACCUGACAGAGAAACAGCAUUUUCCUCCUUGCCGCCAUGAGUUCUAAGAUGUGGACAGAGGAGCAGUUCAACUGCCCUGUGUGUUUGGAUCUCCCUAAUGAUCCAGUCACCAUCCCCUGUGGGCACAGCUACUGCAUGGCUUGCAUCAAGGAUUACUGGAGCAAGGACGACCCAAAAGGGAUCUACAGCUGCCCCCAAUGCCGCAAAACCUUCAGCCCCAAGCCCUCCCUGUCCAGGAACACCAUGCUGGCUGAGGCUGUGGAGCAGCUCCGCAAAGGGGCCCUCAAAAGUGAAGUGCGGGAGUCAAUGCGAAUUGCCCGUGGGGUCGCUUCUUCAUCUAAACCAAAACCUAAGCUCGCCUCCUCCGCAGUCCUGUGUGACAUUUGCAAAGGGGAAGAGCGAGCGGCGGUCAAGAGCUGCCUUGUGUGUAUGAGCUCCUUCUGCCAAGCCCACCUGAAGCCCCACCAGACCAAGAAGAGCCUGAAGCAGCACGAGCUCAUCGGACCCACCAGUAACCUAGCUGAGAAGAUCUGCACCCAGCACAAGUACUUGCAGGAGUUCUACUGUCGUCAGUGUAAGAUAUUUGUCUGCUGGCUGUGUACCAGCGACAUACACAAAGGCCACGAGUGUGUGUCCACCAAGGCUGAACGCUUGGAGAAACAGAAAGCGCUGUCCGACAUGCUCUCAGAAAAUCAACAGAAGCUGAAAGAAAGAGAGCAAGAGUUUAAAGACCUGAAGAAGGUGAUGGAUGUGAUGAAGAGUUCUACACUGAGGGUGCAUGGUGACAUGGAGCAGGCUCUGUCCGAGCUGCAGCACUCAGUGGAGCGUCUGCAGGAGCUGCUGGAAGAGGUGCUGGAUCAGGCGGGCCAGGAGAAGAUGGGCCAGGCUCAGGAGGUUUACGACAGCCUGGAGGCUGAGAUCAAGGAGCUGAGGAGGAGGGACACGGAGAUGAAGGACCUGGCCCGCUGCGAGGACCACAUCCAUUACUUGCAGACUUGUGAUUCCAUGUGCAGUCCCCUGGAGUCGGGAGACCUGCCCGCCGUGGUGGUCAAUCCAGACGCUUCCUUUGAGCCUGUCCGAGACGCCAUCUUGGACCUCAGGGAGAAAAUUGAGGACAUGUGCAACAAUGAACUGGGCAAGAUCACCAAACAAGUCAAUGACACAACACUGUUCACUUUGGGUGACUCCAACCGGUCAGGACACAAAGGAGGGAUUUUUAAAUUGUUUUCAGGCCUGGGAUCUCGCAGCACAAACAGCCGUUCUUCAGCUGCCAUACCCAGUAUCUCAGUCGGAGCAAGAAGCACGGACAGACGAGGACUUGGUAUAGGCCACAAAAAUGCGGACGUGAGGAGUAGAGAUUCACCAAGAGAUAGAGGAAAUACAAACUCACCUAGACUUCGAGACAGACUAAGAACAGAGGAAAGAGAUACUGAAAGGGAGAGCAACCACAGACCCAGCCCCACUCCCAGCCGCAGAGAGUCUCAGUCCCUCUGGAGCAGGUCCAGUCAGAGCCAGGCUGCCUCUCACACACCAACUCCAACUCCAAUCCCCGUCAACCCGACUCCAGCUCCGGCAGCUGCACCAGCAUCAACUGGAGGAUCGGGUUUCAGUCGGAUGGCGUCCAUUAGCAGUCUCUUCCGCUCUCAUCGGCGUGGCACCAACCCGGCUACACCUGUCAAUAACCCACCGUCUGCUGGAGGAAACCCACGGGGGAUGGCUUCUCUGCCGGAGACACCGACAAUUGUUAACCCCAGUCUUUUCUUGGACUCACCUAGUCCUACCACCAUGAUCCAAUCUCCUGUGUUCCCUGCAUUAAGGGAACUCAGCAUUACCAGCAUCCAGGCCCCAGAGCCGAGGGCCAGAGAGGAGUUUCUACAGUACUCUGUGACCUUGACCCUUGACCCCAACACAGCCCACAGACGUCUGGUUCUCACUGAAGGCGACACCAAAGCCACUCUACAAGGGAUGGCGCAACCUUACCUCGACAACCCGCAGCGUUUUGACGGCUGGACCCAGGUUAUGUGCCCGAGCCCACUGUACGAUGAGCGCUGUUACUGGGAGGUGGAGUGGAGAGGGCGGGGCUCUUCCAUAGGCGUAGCAUACGGGGCGUUGAGCAGGAAGGGCUCAGAUGCGAGAUCCGGGCUGGGUUACAACGCCCAGUCCUGGACCCUGGAGCUGUCGGACACCUGCUGCUCGGCCAUGCACGACAACGAGAAGAAGGACAUACCGGUCACCUACUCCCCCCGCCUGGGUGUCUACCUGGACCUGUCUGCGGGGACGCUGGCAUUCUACAGCGUGGCGGAAAACUUGACACACCUCCACACAUUCCGCGCUAACUUCACCCAGCCGCUUUAUGCUGCAUUCGGGGUCGGCAGCGGAGUUGGUGUCGGUCUGGAUUUUGCCCUCGGCCAGUUCAGCUCCAGCUCUGACAGCAUCAAGAUCUGUCCAAUGUGAGGGUUUGAGUUAUCGUCAAACGCAGCAACAUGAAAGUGCACAAUAUGAUCAAACUCAUUGGAAGCACAAUGACUGAAUGUUUUGGAUCAGUUUGCACCUGAUCUCUCCUUUUUCACAUUUUAAAAGCACUUGGUGAAAUGAGUUUCUCUUCCAUAAAAAAGCAAACAUUGCAUUGUUUACAGCUAUGCUAGCAGCUCAUGGAAAUGUCAAGUCUGUUAGUGGGUUGACAACUCUUGUCCAGAUUGAAUUCAAAUAAAAGGAAAUAUUGGGACACUAAGCAUCCCUGUGUUAGUAUACUGAUGUUAUUAUAAAGUUCCAGCAUCGCUGUGUCUGUAAACUCAGAUUUGUUCAAUUUGAAAUUUUAACAAUCUUAAAUUUUUUUAAUGGGGUGGCCUAACUGGGGUACUGACUUCAAGGAAAAUAUUUGCAGCCUUUGCAAAAAAAAAAAAAGGCCUAAUAGUUGGUUUUUAUUAUUCAGUAAACACCCAGAUGUAUCAAUCCCAGUCAUUUAAUAAAUAGAUCUGUUUGAAUCUUUUCUCUUUGUGCAUUUUUGUGGAAACAAUUUCUGUUAGUAAUAAUAAACUAGUGGACAACUCA